CCACAUAAAUUUAAGAUUUUUGAUGGCUAUGGCCUGAAAAACAUGGAAGAAGAGGCGGCUCCUCUUCCCGAACCAUCGUUGUUCUCAUCCGACGACGGGGAAGAGAAUUCUGAGCCUUCCAGCAGCAAAGAUGGGGAAUUGAGGAGGAAGGAGGAAGAUGAACGCAGUCGGUGGCGAGGGCAGCGUAGGGCCAUGUGCUGGAGUGGCUGCGGGCGGCCGAAUAUCACGUGCAUCUGCCCUUUCCUCCCCUCUUCUCCAAUUCCCACCUCCACUCAUCUCAUCGUCCUCCACCACCCCCACGAGCUCCGCGCAAACAAGCUCGCCACACUUCCCGCCCUCUGUCGCUCACUAAUCCGCUGCUACGCCGUCCCCGGCCGUCGCAUUCGACCCGGUUCUUCUCCGCUCCUCGACUGCCUCUCUACCUCCCCCUCAUCCCCUGUCCUCUUUCUCUUCCCCACCUUCGACUCCUCCAAACCCGCACUCGACCUCGAACGCUGGGCUGCCGAUACGCCACCCGAUUCUCGCGCCGAGCCCAUCCUGAUAGUAUUUGACGCAACUUGGAGGCACGCCAAGGAGAUGGCCACCGCCAGCAUCCCCUUCCUCUCGCGCUUUGCCGUGCAGGUUCAGAUCGGCAGUGGUUGCGACACGAGAUCGGAGGGCCCGAGCACUUUCGAGUCCGGCCUUGUAUUGAGGAAGGAGCCGUGGAAGGGUUGCUUAAGCACCAUCGAGGCCGUUGCGAGGGCCCUCCGUGUGCUGGAGCCCGAGGGCAAAGGAGUGGAGAUCGAGGGGAUGCUGCUUGCUAUUCUCAGGGCCAUGGUUGCCUUCCAGGCAUGCCACUUAAAGAUGGUGAAUCCCCGGCCUAGGCUGAAGAAAAAAGGUAAGGGACUUGGUUCGUGCCCACCAACUGUUUGAUCGGAUGCCUACAAAUGAUAAUGCAUUCGUUUUGAGCCUGAUGGAAGACCAGAAGUCAACAAUUUAGUACGUGCCUACAAUGAUUGCUGCAACAGUUUUUUUUUUGUUCUGCACAUUCGUUCUCAUAGAUUUGUUAGUUGAUUCAUUGCCAUAAUCUUAUCACACACAAAUUUCUGA